AUCCCUCUUCUUCUCUCGAGAGCUAGGUUUUUACAUUUGGGUUUCGGCGGCAGAAGUAAAAGAAAGAGAAAGAGAAAAAGAAGAAAGAAGAAGAACUCAACCUAACCUUCUCGACUGUAUCUGCUCCAAGGAACAUCGCGCGCAGCAACAGGUCCAGGUCCAGCGUUUCUUCUUCUUCUCUGCUGCUGCACGAGAAAAGAGAAAAGUUUGUUGAUUAACAGUAUUGCUUGCAGAGAAGAGAAGAUUGUUCAGAAUUGAAAUAUGUCCAGUGGCCCUGGUCUUGAGUCACUUGUUGAUCAAACAAUUUCAGUUAUCACAAAUGAUGGACGGAAUAUUGUGGGAGUCUUGAAAGGCUUCGACCAGGCUACUAAUAUCAUUCUCGAUGAAUCUCAUGAACGUGUUUUCUCUACAAAGGAGGGUGUUCAGCAACUCGUGUUGGGGUUGUAUAUAAUCAGAGGUGACAACAUAAGCAUCGUUGGGGAAUUAGAUGCCGAUCUUGAUUCUACUGUUGACUGGUCGAAUAUGAGAGCUUAUCCCCUCAAGCCUGUCAUCCACUGAUUCAGCAUGAAAGCAAUGCCAUAGAGCGGUUGGUUGUGGACUCGAGAGCAUAUAAGUGAGAUUCAAUGAAGCAAAUAGGUAUAGAAUCUAUGGAAAUUCGAGUUUGCUU